AUGAGCCAAGUGGAGCCGCUGUACCCCGCGGACGGCCUGCUAGCGGAGGAUCAUACCAGGCCAUCCCUCUUUGAGCUGCUUGCGGAGGAGCAGCUUAGGGAUGUUCUGCAUCCUGUAGUCCGAUAUGUCUUAUCGUACCUCGCCCAAAACUACCCUCGGUACUUCCUAAGAGUGCUCAACCAUCACGAAGAGGUCUUUGCGGGCCUGCUGCUCUUGGUCGAGCGAUAUCACCUGAAGAGGCACAACGCAUCCCUCUCUGAGCACUUCUACGGUCUCCGCCUUGCCCCAGUGAAUGGUAUCCCCACCCCAAGGCUGGACGCGCUGGAUGGGUCAAGACCACCUCGCGGACUGAGCAAGAAGCAGCGGUGGGGUAUGCUACUCAUCCUAGUUGGAAUGCCGUACCUCCGCGCGCGAGCUCAAGACUACUACGAGCGCCUAGGCGGGGCACGGAACGCCGAGGAUGGAGCCGAGCCAGAGAUCGUGGCCGUCAGCAGGAAGCAACGCCUCUUCAAGUUCCUGUAUCCAUAUGUCAACCUCGCUUUCGAUAUAUCGCUACUUGGGUACGAUAUCGCCUACCUCUUCGACCUUUCCAGCGACUAUCGGCCUUGGCACCGCGCGCUGGGUCUGCGCAUCCGACGUAGAGGUGAGGAGGACGAGUCUCCACCCUCCUCAUCCCCCAGCCUCCUCUCCCGGCUCCCACCCCUCCUCCCACCCCUCCUCCUCCUCCUCAAGCUCUCACAGUGGUGGUACUCACCCACCUCCCCUCGACUCCUCCGCCAAUCCACCUCGUCCUCCUUCUCCGGCGGUCUCUCGGCGUCUUCCGCCCAGAUCCACGCGGGCAUCCUCCCGCCUGCAAAACUGCCCAUCCUGCCCGGGGCACAUAAGAGCCAUCUCGGGAGUCUGUCUCCUGGGCCCGAGGACUCCGGACCGGACUCGGAACCGGACGAUGAAACGACGACACCCCGAGACGACAAAGCAGGCGGAGGAGGGUGGGCCGUACAGAUCCCGACAGAGUCGUAUGGUCUUUGCCCGAUCUGCGGCCAGAAAUGGCAGAACCCGGCUGUACUCCCGAGUGGAUGGGUCUUUUGUUGGCGGUGUGGAUGGGAGGCGGUAGAGGGAGAGACGGAUGGGAGUGACAGCGAGGGCGAGGAUGAGGUUGGGCUUGGUGGGCUUGAUGCGAAAGGCGAGGUGAAGAAGGUUGAGGGUGAAGGUGGGGACGAAAGGGAUGAGGGGUCAGAGACCGGCUCAGCGAGGUCGACAGAGCUGGAGAUGGGAGAUAUCGGGGAUGAGGGGGUGAGCUAUCAGUCGACAAAUGGGCAAGGCGGCAGAAAGGGGCGGAAAGAGAAGAGGGGACUGAGAAGAAGGGGAAAGUGCCCGAUCACGGGGGUUCAUGUGGGAGAGGGGCAGCUCAGGCGGGUGCUGGUAUAG